ACUACCUGCACGACGCCGACCAGGUGCGUGCGGCGGCGAUGCACGACCUCAAGGCGGUGCACCGCUGCAAGGAGGCGGGGACAGUGCUCACCCUCUCCGAGUGCACGCCGCAGCCGCUCGUCGGCACCGACUUUGUCGCGCAGGUCUCCCUCUGGCUGAAGCACGGAUACAUCCUCGACCGCUCCGACCUCGAGCUCGACACGGCCGACGAGGCCGAGACCCUCAACCGCCUGCGCGAGCGCAACCGCAAGUGGUUCGACGAGCAGUGCGCCACCCUCAACGAAGAGCUGCGCACCAAGUUUUACUGGUACCGCGAGGAGUCGGCAGACAACGCGAAGCUGCGCGACGAGGCGGUGGCGGCCGUCGACAAGAUGAUGAAGGGGUUCCACGGCGCCGCGCUCUCGCGCCUCGUCGAGUCCGGCGUCUUUUGGAAGUUUCCGGGAAAGGGCGCGAUGCUGGUGGAGGCGCAGGCGGACCAAGCGAUGCAGCGGUGCAAGGAGACGCUCGACGGCACGCGCAGGCACGCACAUGGAAGGCUGGACGGCGAGCCACCGGGCGACAAAGGCGACGCCCACGCGAUUGCGACGCCGGCCCAGGAGCUCUUCAAGAAGCUCGAGGCGGAGGCGCCCAAGCCGUCGGGCGGGCUGAGCUAUAAGCUGGUCGCCGAGGACAGCUCCUGCUUCAGCAACGCGGGCGGCGCGGGCGACAUUCACCGGCUGCACCUCGGGAACGGGAUGACGCUCGAGGCGCGAUCUCGGCCACAUCUCCCCCCACCCCACCACCACCCCGCGUGCGCCGAGGCGGUCUCCAAGAAGUGCGAGUGCGGCCGCGGCUUCGAGCACGACAAGGGCAAUGACGGCUACUGCGGCUGCGGGAUGGCGGGCACGCCGAACACCGAUUGCACAACAGCACCGAGUCCGACGACGACUUCUCGUACGGCAGCGCGCGCUACAUCAUGUUCAACCCCGCCUGCCUCAACCAGCAGAGCGAGGCGCGCAAGCGUGCGCUGGAGCAGGCCAACGCCGCGGCAGGGGGCGAAGACGGCGGCGGCGCGCUGGCAGCGGCGGUGGUCAAGGACUACGACGCGCCCAAGAAGAGGCGACAGGUCUGCUUUGACGUCUACGACUAGCGGGCCGCGCUCCUCUUCCAAGACGACUGCGGCGGCUGACUCGUGCUUGCGGCGUCGAGCCGCCGGAGGGCCCACCCCGGCGCGGGUGUUCGGUCUGGGCGCUGGGGUUGGAGUGCGCAGGCGCAGUAGCCUCGGGCUAGGGCUUUACCAUCUCGGCCUGGUCGUACCCCUCCUGUGGUCGAGAGGAGCAGAUGUGUGUUCAGGGGCGGGGCGGGGGUGCUACUAGUUCGUUAUGUGGUUCUUGUCUUGACCAAGCAUGUCGUGUGCGG